GCUCGUUUCGUGAACGAACCUCCCUCCCCCCUACAACAUCCCAAACUCCCACCUUCUGCGUUCACAUACGCACGUGCACCUUUCAAGAUUAGGCAGUACUUUUUUUCUCUCUGCUUUCUAUUUCCCUUCACGUAUUACUACGCAUACCUCUCUCUCUCUCCCGGAUUCUUCUCUCCCCCUUCUUUUUCGUGCUGUUGUGUGUCUCUCGUAAGCAUUUAUUUUCCCCCCUUUCUACUCUUGUUGUUUCUUGUUGUUAAGUCUUUCAUUUCUCUCUCCUCUCUCUUUCGUAGGCUCUUCCUUUGCUUUCUAUUAUAUAUAUAUAUAUAUCUUCGUUGUAGUACUGUGCUUUACCAGUUGCGCGCCCCCUUUAACUUAAAAACAGAUAAACAAGAAGAAAAAAAGGAGUCAAAAGCUUAACGCUCGUUUUUUUUUGAGUUUUUAAUUAUUAUUGUUUAAAGAUUUGUUUUCCUUUCGUUUGUAAAUAUAUAUUGCUGUUGCUGUUUCCGCGUGUCACGCCGCUCGCCGUCAACCUCCUUCUCCCCCAAAGAAGAUUACACAUCCGACAGGAGAGAAUCCAGUGCUUGUACUUCUCGCAGGCCGGCAUUUACCCGCGUGUGUGUGUGUGUCUGGGCGCUGCGCCACCAUCUUGAAGUGAUACGCGCACUGUUAGGACACGCUAUAGAUACGAAGGGACGGCAGACGAAGAGCCGUUCAGCCGAAUCCGUUUCCUGAAGGCUCCGUUGACAAGAGUAACGGACGAAGUGACAGCCUUCUCUUAAAAGAAAUUCAAAGGAAGAAAAAAGGGUCAGCGAGUUCUUCUGCGUCGCGAACCAACUUACCGACACAGGAGAAGUAGAACCUGCUGUCUCGUACACGGAGAAGAGCGACUCUAAAAGCGCGCCUUCAUACACCUUUUUUCCCGUUAACGUUAUCAUUUUCUGGUGUUUCUCUUCUCUCGCAAUUCUUUUAUUAGUAUUAUUUGGGUGCUUUCAGCUCUCACCGGGGUGUUGAACGAGUUUUUCUUUGUUGAGGCACCUUCGCCGCGGCUCUUUCCUUGGGCAUUUGACGCCCUUUUCUUGUUCUUGGUUCUCCGUACUUGCAGGCCGUGCUUAAACUUUCCCCUUUCCAAAAAACAAGCACCGUAUAUUACCGCCAUUUAAUUCGCAUUUCCUCUCCUAUUUUUAUUAAUAUUAAACCUUUCGCGUCUACCUAUUCAUCUCAACGGGAGGUUUGAAGCGCAGCUCAAUAGAACACCCGUAGUUUCUGUGAAGGAGAUUCACUUGCUUGACAUAUAUCUAUAUAUCUAUCUAUUGCUUUCGGCUUCAGAGCAAUUCGUGAAGCUGUGUAGUUCGAAUUGCGAAGUGUUAUCUGUCCCCUUCACCCUUUGUCCUCGUUGUGCUUUUCCGAAGCGACCUAUACACUCGCAGAAGAGAUCUUUUCCCUUUUUUCCCUGCUGAUCAGCCUGUCAUUUUCGUACAUCUCUUUUUGUGAUCGGUGUUCACCGAAGAGACCUCCUCUUUUUUAUUUUGGCUAUUUAACUUUACGGGUAUUCACGGCAAGCGAUAAGCCUUGUUUUCUCUGCUAAUCGCAGCACAUAUAUACAUAUAUACACCCUUUUCGCUUCUGUAUUUGUCUUUAUCGAAAGAAGCCGCGGCUUUUGUCUUGCGCCCACGACGCGGCAGCUCGACGGAGAUCAGACGCAGGCACCACCUCACUCCUCCUCCCUUAAAAGAAAAAUCUCAUCUUAUAUAUCCUUUUUCUUUAACUUCGACCACCAGGCAAAACAUGGGCGCAACGGACGUCGUCGUCAGCGCCGAGGAGGCGGCGAUCCGCCCUACGAUCAGCGCUAGUGCCGCCGCCGUCCCGCCCCCACACACCACCCUCACCGCAGCAGACAGGGCCAUCGGUGGCGAGAUGCAGGUGCCUUUGGAGAACAUUUUCUCUCGUGCCAGUGAGGGCAUGCCGUCCUACGAAGAGCUCGGUAAGGUGGAGGGCAUCGCCAAGUCCCUCCACACCUCUCUGAGGGACGGCAUCGAUGCCCACAGCGCCGCGGAGCGCCGUCGCUUCUUCGGCAAGAACGCGCUGCCGGAGGACCCCCCGCUGACCUUCUGGGAGAUUUACAAGGGUGCGUGGGAAGACAGCAUGAUCCGCCUGCUGGCCGCUGCGGCGUUGGUGUCCCUCGUGCUGGGGCUGACGGUGCCGGAGCCUGGGGAGACGCGGGCGAACUACAAGACUGGGUGGAUCGAAGGCUUCGCCAUCCUGUGCUCCGUCUUCAUCGUGACGUCUGUGUCGUCGGUGAACGACUACCGCAAGGAGCAGAAGUUCCACAAGCUGACGGAGGAGAACUCCGCGCAGCCGAUCCGCGUGCGCCGCGACGGUGCGGAGGUGACGGUCGACGUGACGGAGAUCGUUGUGGGCGACGUUGUGAACCUGUCGCCCGGUCUUGUGGUGCCCGUGGACGGGUUCUUCGUGCGCGGCAUGAGCGUUGUGAUCGACGAGAGCAGCGUGACGGGCGAGAACGACCCGAAGAAGAAGAACGCGGAGGCGCCGAUCAUCCUGACGGGCACUGUUGUGAACACGGCGGAGGACGCGUACAUGCUGGCGUGUGCGGUGGGCGAGCGCUCCUUCGGUGGCAAGCUGCUGAUGGAGUCGCGCGGUGCGGGUGCGCCACGUCCGACGCCUCUGCAGGAGCGCCUGGACGAUUUGGCGGAGAAGAUCGGCCGCAUCGGCAUCAGUGCCGCGGCGGUGCUCUUCGUGAUUCUCGCGUGCAUUGAAAUUGCCGACCUCGUCCGCCACCGCCCCAACGCCAGCUAUAAGCACUUCCUCGACUACUUCAUUCUCUGUGUCACGGUCGUGGUGGUGGCCGUGCCGGAAGGGCUGCCGCUGGCCGUCACGAUUGCGCUGGCCUACUCGCAGAACAAGAUGCACGACGACAACAACCAGGUGCGCCGCCUGCGCGCGUGCGAGACGAUGGGCAACGCGACACAGAUCUGCAGCGACAAGACGGGCACGCUGACGCAGAACCGGAUGAGCGUGGUGCAGGGCUACGUGGGCAUGCAGCGCUUUCGUGUUGCGCAACCAGGUGACAUUCCCCAACCCAUAACGUGUCUUCAUGAUGUCAACCCCCGCAUCCGGGAGAUGCUGGUGGAGAGCCUUGCGAUCAACAGCUCGAGCGAGAAGGUUGUGAGCACGACGGACAAGGAGGGGCACGCGGUUGCGCCGUACUGGCAGUGGAUGACGGACAAGGGCAACAAGACGGACAACGCGCUGCUGGACUUUGUGGACCGCGCGAUGCUGGCGGACGCGGACGUGAACAACAUGAAGGAGCGGCCGCACCAGCGGAUGCGUGCGGCGUGCCACAAGCGCGGGUUCAUGCUGUUCCCCUUCACGAGCGAUCGGAAGCGGAUGAGCGCCGUGGUGCGCCAGGAGGACGGGACGCUGCUGCACCACGUGAAGGGCGGCUCCGAUCGCGUGCUGCCGCUGUGCGACCGUUACGUGAACGAGGCGGGCGAGGAGGUCCCCAUGACGGAUGACGUGCGUAACUUGAUUACGGCGCAACUCCGCACGUUUGCCACCGACGCUAACCGCACCAUCGGUGUUGCGUACACCACCCUGAGCGGGAAGGAGCUCCCGGAGGACGAGCCGACGGAGAAGCUGGUGUGGCUGUGUCUGAUCGGCAUUCACGACCCGCUGCGUCCGGAGGUGGCGGAGGCGGUGCAGAAGUGCCAGAUGGCCGGCGUGACGGUGCGGAUGUGCACCGGCGACAACCUCGAUACCGCCCUUGCCAUUUCUCGUGAAUGCGGUAUUUUUAAUCGUUCACGCGGCGACCUCGCCAUGACCGGUCAGGAUUUCCGAAAUCUUGUGUACGACGCCUACGGUGACGAGGAGCGGAUGGAGAAGUUCUGGCCUGUUCUGGACCACAUGACGGUGAUGGCUCGCUCGCAGCCGCUGGACAAGCAAUUGCUGGUGCUGAUGCUCAUGGUGCGUGGCGAGGUGGUGGCGGUGACGGGCGACGGCACGAACGACGCACCUGCGCUGCGGCUGGCGAAUGUGGGCUUUGUGAUGCGGAGCGGCACGGAUAUCGCCGUGAAGUCCGCGGAUAUUGUGCUGCUGGACGACAACUUCCGCUCCGUGCAGCGCGCCGUUGUGUGGGGCCGGUGUGUGAACGACAACAUCCGCAAGUUCCUGCAGCUGCAGCUGACGGUGAACUACGUGUCUGUGGCGCUGACCUUCAUCGGGUCGGUCAUGACGGGCGGCGCGUCCUCGCCGCUGACGACGGUGCAGCUGCUGUGGGUGAACCUGAUCAUGGACACGCUUGCCGCCCUUGCCCUCGCCACGGAGGAGCCGAGCGAGGACUGUCUGCGUCGUGGUCCUGUCAGCCGCAAGGCCCCGCUCAUCUCGCGCCGCAUGCACGUCACGAUUGGUGUCAUUGCUCUGUAUCAGCUCAUCGUCACCCUCGUAACGCAGAGUGUCGGCUUCCGCUGGUUCAACAUCCCGAAGUUUAGCCGCGAGCACCAGACCUUCGUCUUCAACGUCUUUGUGUUCGGCGCGCUUUUCCAGAUGUUCAACUGCCGGAAGCUGUACGACGAGAUCGAUGUCUUUGAGGGCUUUGAGCGCUCCAAGGCCUUCCUUGGUGUCGUGGGCUUCUGCGUCGUGUUUCAGCUCGUGGCAGUGGAGGCCUUCGGCGACUUCAUGGACGUCACGCGACUGCACUUUUCGGAGUGGACGGCGACCCUCGUGCUGACCUUCUUCAACAUCCCGCUGGGCAUGGCCUCCCGCUGCAUCCCGGCGCGGGAGCUGAAGUUUAAGCGUGAGUUCGACGCCGACAACGUCGAUGAGGACGCGAGACAGUUUCUGGUGAAGCUGGCGAAGGACGUCGAGCACACGGCGGACGCGCGCGCUGGACGGUGUGGCGAGGCACUGCACAAGGCCACCCACGCACGUGUGCUCAGUCUGUGGUUCCGCGUGUACGCGGAGCAUGUGGAGACGCUGAAGGUGGUGAACGCGUUCCGCCGUGCGUACCGGGAUCGCGACAUGAACUCGGAGUUGUCGCACAACGUGUACAAGCAAAUGGUGAAGCUAACCUCGCCAAAGGGAUAA